AUGACCUCUAGCUGUUCUUACAGUGCGAUAGGGCAGACGGACUCUCACUGUUCGAUCUCACCUCUGGUGUCUCUCCUGCCCCGCCUGCUACUGCUGACAGCACUGGGUGUUCUCCCUCCCCCCUCUUGCCCUCUGUUGCUUCUGCUGCUGCGGCCGACCUCGUUGGUUUCGAGUCGGUCGGCACUGCGUCUGCCCCUAGCGGGAAGCGCCGCACCGGCAAGGGCAAGGAGGGCAAGGGCGCUGGGGGGGGCAGUGGGGGCGGUGGAGGUGGUGGUGGAGGCAGUGGAGGUGGUGGGGGUGGUGGUGGGAGUGGUGGCGGGGGUGGAGGUGUCGAUGGCAGCAGUGGAGGCGGAGGGGGCGGCGGUGGUGGCGGAGGGAGCAAAGGCGGCGGCGGCGGCGGUGGCGGAGGCGGCGGAGGUGGCGGAGGCGGCGGAGGUGGCGAUGGAGUUGGUCGCGGCUCUACGUAGAGGAGUGGCUCCAGUGGUGGUAAGAGCCUGCAGCAGUAGCGCGGUCGUGAGACCCUGUCCCCUCAGUAGCUUCGUGAGUGGUACGUUGGGCGUCAGCGGGGUGGGGGUACUGGUCCCUGCACCUACGUCCUCCGUACAGGCGACCGCGCUGGUGAGCAGUGCGGGGGCACGCACUCCACCCAUCGCUGCAUUCGGCCAUCUGGCGGACGCUUGGCGUCAUCAGUUCACUAAUGCCACUGAGAUCCCUCGCUGGGGAGAGCUGUCUAGGGCGGGAGUAACUAUCUUUGAUCUUGACUAUAAUGCUAUUCUUGAUGCCAUGUAUGCUGUGUCUACUAGUGAUGAGGGUGACUGUUACCUGUGUGUUUUGCCUGACCCAGGCAUUGAGGCUGGUGCUCUAUGUGCUGGUGAGACUUCUGCUUCAGGUGCUAGUGUGUCUGCUGCCCCAGGUGCUGGUGAGUCUGCUCUCUAA